AUGCCUCCCAGUCAUCAUCAUCACCAUCGUUCGCUGUCUCUCGAGUCGGCUCAUUCGACAUCUCCCCGUUCGCCGUCACCUCCAUCACAGACUUUUCAUUCGUCGAUUUUACCUCACUCUAUUCCUACCCCUGCGCUUCUCGAGUCAGUCGCUGGAGCUGCCCAUUACUCAGGCGUCAAAGUAGACCCGGAAACACUGAAACACAGGCGAGCGAGUAUGGACCGAAGAGAAUCCAGUUGCAAUGAGCCGGUGAAGGCAGACCACCAACGCAUCAUGGCUGACUUGAAGGAACUUUAUUGCUGCCGACCCACCGUGGAGAUUUUCGAGAGGUCAUGGAACAAGGACGCUGUUUUUGAGGACCCGCUUUCGUAUUGCAAAGGUUACAAUGAUGGUUUGCCAUGGUACGAUCCGAAAUUGUUUUCAAAGUCGGAGACGCUGUCUACGAGAAUUAUGUCGUCGACGAGCUCCCCGAACCGUUUGGUAUAUGCUCAGAAACAAGAGUAUACCGCACGAUUGUUUGGCCGUAAAAAGGUCAUCGACUCGAUUAUCGUGGUUGACCUUGAUCGUGAAGAGAAGAUUGUAAGAUUGGUUGACCAAUGGGAUGGAAAGGUGUCGACAUGGUUUGGAUCGUAUACUUUAAGACGUGCGAAUGCCAAGGUGACGCCUUGGCUUGUACAUGUGCCGAAGCAGGCAUGA